CGGAAGUACGAUCUUGAAUGUUGGCCAUUUAUUGGUUCGCAGAGAAGUUUGGGAUUUACCACGAAAGCGCUGAAGAAGAGUGAGUUCAAAAUUGAACAAUACCUACUGAUUUCCUUAGAAAAACAACGAGAAGAUGGGUAGAGAGUCGAGGCACUACCGCAAGCACUCAGCUUCGAGGGGGCGGUCCGGCAGCCGCUCCAGGAGCCGGUCUCCGGAGAAGAGGUCGAAGCGAGAGGAAAGGGCUCGCUCCCGCAGCCGGGACCGGGAACGCAGGCGAGAGCGCUCCCGCAGCCGUGAUCGGCGCCGCUCCCGAUCCCGGGACAGGAAGCGUCCGAGGCGCUCCAGGAGUCGGGAAAGGCGGCGAUCCCGCAGCCGAGACAGGAGGAGGUCUUGUAGCAGGACACGGGGCCGGAGGUCACGUUCCUCAAGCCCCAGCAAGAGCAGGAAGACUGACGAAGGGUCAAAGAGUAAGGAGAAGUCUGAUAGCACAGAGCCGUCUGUGGAGAAAAAGAAAAUAAAAGAAGAAAAAGAGGAAGAAAAGGUAGAAGACCAAGACUUUGACCAGAACAAACUGGAAGAAGAAAUGAGGAAAAGGAAGGAAAGAGUGGAAAAGUGGAGGGAAGAGCAGAGGAAGAAAGCGAUGGAAAACAUUGGAGAACUGAAGAAGGAGCUGGAGGAGAUGAAACAAGGAAAGAAGUGGAGUCUGGAGGAUGAUGACGAUGAUGAUGAGGAGGCUGCAGCAGCUGCUGAGCCUGAGGAAGAGGCCAUGGAGGAGGUUGAUGAGGAGCAGGAUCCUCUGGAUGCCUACAUGGAGGAGGUGAAGGAGGAAGUGAAGAAGUUCAACAUGGGCAGUGUCAAAGGAGGAAACGACAAGAAAGGAGGAACGACUGUAACCAAAGUUGUUACUGUAGUCACAACAAAGAAAGCCUCUUCUGAUGCCAACAAGAAGAAAGGGGAAUUAAUGGAGAAUGACCAGGAUGCUAUGGAGUAUUCAUCAGAGGAGGAAGAGGUGGAUCUUCAGACAGCACUGACUGGCUAUCAGACCAAGCAGCGGAAGCUCCUGGAGCCAGUGGACCAUCAGAAGAUUGAGUAUGAGCCCUACCGCAAAAACUUCUAUGUGGAGGUACCAGAACUGGCUAAAAUGUCACAAGAAGAGGUGAAUGUGUAUAGGCUGGAGCUGGAAGGAAUCACUGUGAAGGGGAAAGGCUGUCCCAAACCCAUCAAGACUUGGGUGCAGUGUGGCAUUUCAAUGAAGAUUUUAAGUGCACUAAAGAAGCAUAACUAUGAAAAGCCUACACCAAUUCAGACCCAGGCCAUUCCUGCCAUCAUGUCCGGGCGGGAUCUGAUUGGCAUCGCCAAGACCGGCAGCGGUAAGACCAUCGCCUUUCUGUUGCCGAUGUACCGGCACAUCCUGGAUCAGAGACCCCUGGAAGAAGCGGAAGGUCCAAUAGCCGUUAUCAUGACUCCUACCAGAGAACUGGCCCUUCAGAUCACAAAGGAGUGCAAGAAGUUUUCCAAGCCUCUGGGUCUAAGGGUAGUCUGUGUGUAUGGAGGAACUGGAAUAAGUGAGCAGAUUGCUGAGCUUAAGAGAGGAGCAGAAAUCAUUGUCUGCACCCCAGGAAGAAUGAUUGACAUGUUAGGUGCCAACAGUGGUAGAGUCACAAACCUCCGGAGAGUAACGUACGUUGUUGUUGAUGAAGCAGACAGAAUGUUUGAUAUGGGUUUUGAGCCACAGGUGAUGCGUAUAGUGGACAACAUCAGGCCUGACCGUCAGACUGUCAUGUUCUCUGCCACCUUCCCCAGAGCGAUGGAGGCCUUGGCCCGCAGGAUCCUGUCAAAGCCUGUUGAAGUACAAGUGGGAGGCAGGAGCGUUGUGUGCUCUGAUGUUGAGCAACAUGUGAUUGUUAUAGAAGAAGAGAACAAGUUUCUGAAGCUUCUUGAAAUUCUGGGACAUUACCAGGAAAAGGGCUCAGUCAUAAUUUUUGUGGACAAACAAGAACAUGCAGAUGGGCUGUUGAAAGAUCUCAUGAAGGCCUCCUACCCCUGCAUGUCCCUCCAUGGAGGCAUUGACCAGUAUGACAGAGACAGCAUUAUUAAUGAUUUCAAGAAUGGGGCAUGCAGGCUGCUUGUAGCAACAUCAGUAGCUGCCAGAGGACUCGAUGUCAAGCAUCUGAUUUUGGUGGUCAAUUAUAACUGCCCCAACCACUAUGAGGAUUAUGUACACAGAGCUGGAAGAACUGGGAGAGCUGGGAAUAAAGGAUUUGCCUACACUUUUAUCACUGAGGACCAGGUUCGAUAUGCAGGUGAUAUUAUAAAGGCUCUUGAGCUCUCAGGAACUACUGUACCACCAGAACUGGAACAGCUGUGGGCCAGCUUCAAAGAACAACAAAAAGCUGAGGGCAAAAGCAUCAAAAAGAGCAGCGGGUUCUCUGGGAAGGGUUUCAAGUUUGACGAGACUGAGCACGCGCUGGCCAACGAGAGGAAAAAGCUGCAGAAAGCUGCUCUGGGCCUGCAGGACUCUGAUGACGAGGACACUGCUCUGGAUAUUGAUGAACAGAUCGAGAGCAUGUUCAAUUCCAAGAAGCGGGUGAAGGACCUGUCGGCGCCUGGUGGAGGGGGUGGGGGCGGAGGAGGAGGGUCUUCAGGUGGUGCCAAUGCUCCAGGAGGACUGGCCAGUCCUGCAGUGCCCUCUGCUGGUAACAUUGAGAAACUGGAGAUUGCUAAGCGUCUGGCUCUCAAGAUCAAUGCACAGAAGAACCUUGGAGCAGAAGCACAAGAUGUGAUGCAGCAAGCCACCAACGCAAUUCUGAGAGGAGGCACUAUGGUGGCUCCAUCUGUCUCUGCGAAGACCAUAGCAGAGCAGCUGGCUGAGAAGAUCAAUGCCAAGCUCAACUACAUUCCAGUGGAGAAACAAGAGGAGGAGAAGCAAGAUACUGCGCAGUCUGAAACAAUCAAGAGAUAUGAAGAGGAGCUGGAGAUAAAUGACUUCCCACAGACUGCCAGGUGGAAGGUUACCUCCAAGGAGGCUCUCCAGAGGAUCAGUGAGUACUCUGAAGCUGCCAUCACCAUCAGAGGAACCUACUUCCCUCCAGGCAAGGAACCCAAAGAGGGAGAACGCAAAAUCUACUUGGCCAUUGAGAGUGCCAAUGAGUUGGCAGUACAGAAAGCAAAAGCUGAAAUCACCAGACUUAUUAAGGAAGAGCUCAUCAGACUACAAAACUCCUACCAGCCAACCAGCAAGGGAAGAUACAAGGUUUUGUAGAAGAGUGAGACUCCAACUGGAAGACAUCAGCAGCAAACUGUGCCAUUUUGUCUUCAAGUGGAUUCACUUGCAGUGUCUUUUUUAGAUGUUUAUCAUUUCAUCAGAUAGUUAAUUAUUUCAGUGGGAGUCUCCUUGUGUCAAGCAGGCCUUUUCUGAUAAUUAUUAUAGGUUUUAUUUACUUUGGGUUUUAUAGAUUGUCACUUAAGUCUUGUUACCUGAUGAACAUUUUCUCAUGAAAAGUGGAAGUUUGUUUUUUUUUUGCCUUCUAAAGGGGUCUAAAAGGUCUUUCUGAAGAAUAAUCAUCUUGUUGUAACAUUGCCUACUUAGUGAAAAUUCUUCAAACAUUAGGGUUUACAAUGGAUUAAUUGCAGUAUCAUUUUUCUGUAUCCUGUUAAAAAAUCGAUCCCAAAAGAUCAAUCUGUUAAAGCAGAUGAUGAAAUUAUGGUCAAUUCUUGCCCCUUUUUUAGCCUGUAUACUGAGGUUUGUAUUUAGUGUCCUCAGAAAUGUAUAUUCACAUUGGCUCUUAUUCUUACCCGGUAUGGUUUUCAAUUUGUAUAGAAUUUUAUCUGAGGUGAUCUGGUUUCCUUUUGAGCAUCACCUUUGUCUCAUACCCUAGACAAAAUCUAGGCAGCUGAGCUUAUCAUUGUUUUAGUGCAGUGCUGUAAAGAUUUUUUAAUAUGCAAAUAUUUUUUUUUUCAUUUUUGAAGGAAAUCUGUUGACUGUAGAAAAUUAGUUCAAGACCAUAUUACAGAUCCAAUUAAUUUGGUAUGUUUUUUUCAUUUGUUUUCCACAAUAAAACUGUCAGAAGUUCUCGUUUGACAUUUUUUCAUUAUCUAAAACUGUUAAAGGUGUGAUUGAUUUAUUUUCAUUUUUAUUUGACUUAUUAAAAUUGAUUGAGGUCCUAAUCUCCCCUGGGUACCAUCCAUCUUAAGCAGUGUGCUGCCUUUGUUGUGCAUUUGCAUAGAUAACUCUGGGAGAUCCAUUAAGUGUUUAUCUUUAAACAAUACUUUAAACAUUAAUGAAAAUAUACCACGUGUGUUUAAUAAAUUCAAGAUAUGUAUCUCUUUUCUUCCUUUAGAGCUUUACAUAUAGGAGGGUGUCCUACUGAAGUCUACCAAUCCACCAUCUGAGUGAUGUGUGGCAACCAUUAUGUUCUUGUAUCUUGUAGCAGAUAAAGUAGAGAAAAUAUUUUAACGGGUGAAUUAAGGGGACCUUUGUAGAUAAUCGAGUGUGCAAACCCACUAUGGUUAGCAGUGCUAUUUUCAAUAAAUGGGGUGUUUCAUGA